AUGCUCCAGGAGAGCCCGUGCCCUCGCUGUGAUGAAUUCGCAGAUCCUCAGCUCACGGCUAUAGUCGGAUUUGGAAAUGGAGACGACUCACGAUUGACCCCGCGGGAGGUGGAGGUCCGUCGUCGUUCGUCGUCACAACUCGUCGACGUGACACUUCUCGCCAUCCAGCACCCUACCACACUAAUCAGAAAAGGCUUCCUUACUUCACCUUGCUUCAUCAUGUCAUCACCACCGAGCUACAGCAUUACCCUCAUCGGCUUGGGAUCAAUCGGCAUCUCCUUCGCCGCCCUUCACCUACGCUUCACAAACGGCAUAGUAAAAGCCUUCGAUCCAAGACCAGAUCUAAAAGAGCACCUCCUUUCCGUCCUCCCCGGGUACCUCCACGCAAACGACCCUCAAAGCCCGCCCCUCGACGUAGCCAAUCUCAUCACCACCGGCCGCCUGAUGAUAUGUGACUCCCUCGAAGACGCCUGUGCAGACGCCGACAUCAUCCAGGAGCAAGGCCCCGAGAACAUCUCAUUCAAGCAGAAGACAUGGACGGCCAUCGAGGCCGCCGCCCCUCCUCACACCCACUUCUGGAGCUCGACCUCUGGCAUCCUCGCAUCCGCUCAGAACCAGUCUAUGAAGGACCGCACCCGUCUGCUCGUCGUGCACCCGUUCAACCCACCUCACAUCAUGCCCCUCAUUGAGAUCGUCCCGUCUCCGGAGACGAAGGCUGAGGAAACUGACUUUGCCCGCACGUACUUCGAGACUCUUGGUUCGGGCCACCGUCCAGUCGUUCUGAAGAAGGAGAUCCCAGGCUUCGUCGGCAACAGGCUGGCAUUUGCGCUGCUGAGGGAGGCCGUGUACCUAGUUGAGAAUGAUGUCGUGAGCGCAAAGGAUCUAGAUACAGUCAUGGAAGCGAGCCUGGGACCGAGGUGGGCUGUCCAGGGACCUUUCAAGUCGUACCACAUGGGGGGAGGAGCCGGUGGCAUAGGGCAUUUCCUGGGGAACCUGAGCUCUACGAUACAGACCGUUUGGAACGGCUUGGGAAGUGUGAACUUUGGGGGACAAGGAAAGGCCGAGGAGGAGGGUGCUUGGGUUAAUAAGAUUGUUAAGCAGACGGAGGAGGCUUAUGGGAUGCCUGACCCUGCUAUGCUUGACGAUAGGGAUAGGGAGAUUCGAAGAGUACUUGGCUCGUGA